AUGGCGACGCAGCAGAUUCUCUUCAUCGGUGCCACUGGAUACAUCGGCGGCACAGUCCUUGCGCGGCUCCUCCAACCUGUCAAGUCUUCCCGCAACAACACAGACAACUUGAAUAUCACAGCCCUAGUGCGCGAUGCGGGGAAGGCGCAGCUGCUGGAGGAGCUGGGAGUCAGCGCUGUGGUGGGCGAUACUAACGAUGCCCCGCUGCUGGGCCGGCUCGCAGCGGAGGCAGACGUGGUGUUCUCGAUGGCGGAGAGCGACAAUAUCGGGGCAGCGGAGGCACUCCUUGCCGGCUGUAAGAUGCGGUUUGAGAGGACGGGUGAGGCGCCGACGGUCAUCCACACGUCUGGCGCCGGAAUCAUCGCCGACAUGGGGGCCAUGGGUGACUACAGUGCCUCGCCUAUUUGGGACGACCUGGACAUCGCGCGCCUGGCAACUAUUGCGCCCACCCAGCUGCACCGCCCCGUUGACCUCGCCCUUCUCGCGUCAGACGACAAUGGCUACAUCAAAAGCCAUAUUGUCGUCCCCCCGAUGGUCUACGGUAUCGCACGCACCGUCCUCGUCGAGCGCGGCAUCCAGCGCCCACACCACACGUUGCUCACGCACAUUGUUCCGCCCGCAGUUGCCAGGAAGCGCGGCGGGUUCAUAGGCGCAGGGAAGAAUGUAUGGGGACAUGUCGAAGUUCAUGAACUCGCAGACCUCUUCAUGCUCAUUUUCUCCGCCUCCCCUCCGAGAAGCGGCGCCUCUGGCUUCUACUUCGCCGAAAAUGGAUCCUACGCGAUGCAAGACGUCGCGGACGUCAUCUCGCAAACGCUCGGUUGCCGCCGGCGCUGCGUCUGCAGAGUCCACUACGGCCACUGCGUUUACAGAAGCCGAAAUGAAGCAAUACUUUCCCAUUUCCGUCCUGGUGCGGCUGCGUUGAUAGCGUCAAAUGCCCGGUGUCGUGCGAGCCGCGCUAGGGCACUCGGUUGGGCACCGACCAAGGGAACGCAGGAUAUGAUGGAGAGCGUUCGGGAGGUGACGCGGAACUAUGUGCUGCUAAGCCGGGCGGCAUAA